GACAAUGACAUGCCAUCAAAUCCACAGUAACCGCAAACCUUACACUUCUAUUGCAGCACACAGUUUGGGCGAUUAAUCCAAUCCAAUCCAAUUCAGAUUCUAACAAAAACAAGUAAUUAACCAUCAAAUUCCGAUUUUCACCUCAUGAUUCCAUGUGAGUAUUCAUAUUUUUGAAAAUCAAUUCUAGCUAAUCUCCUUUCAUUUCAAUGAUCCAAUUGAUUAUAUGCCAUUGACCCUUUAUAGUUUACUCAUCUUCCAUCAAAAUAUUUUGAUCAAAAUUUGAUCUUUUUCCCUCCCUGAUAGAAACCCCUUUUAUAAACCCUUUUUUCCAUCAUGUUGAAUAAUGGAUACAAAUUAAAGCAACGUAGUAGUAGUGCUAGUGCCUACAUGUGCAGGAAUCAAGUACUUGUUAUGUCUUUUACAUUGAUGCUAAUGCUAGUGAUUCUCUUUUUAGUAUUUGACAAUGUUCAUGAUAAUGAUAAUGAUGGUGUAGAAGUAAAAGUAAAACCAACUUUAGCUUAUGAUUCUCAUAAGCAAAAGUGGAAUAGCUUUGAUUCUUUAGUGAAAUUGCAUCCAACAAGAGAGUUCAGGAAUGGAACAGAUUUGAUAUGGCAAGUACCAGAAUCACCUAAAGGUGUUCUUUUUCUUGCUCAUGGUUGUAAUGGAAAAGCCAUUAACUUUUGGGACAAAUCGUCUGAAUGUCCUGAAUGUGUUGGUUUGCCGGAAGAACGGUUGCUUGUACUUCAUGGUCUUGCUGAAGGUUUUGCUGUUAUUACUGUUUCAAGCGCGCGUAGAUGUUGGAGUUAUGGUAAUAAUGAAGUGUUGAUUGUUAAAGAUAUUCUAGAAUGGUGGAUUGGUGAGAGGAAGCUUGAGAAACUUCCGCUUGUGGCUUUAGGUGCUUCGUCUGGAGGAUAUUUUGUAUCGUUGCUUGCGACUGUUAAGAAGUUUAAUAGUAUUGUGCUUAUGAUUGCUGAAGGAAUGUAUGAAGAAAUUGAUAUUGAGAAGGAUUAUCCUCCGACCCUUUUCGUUCACAUGCCAAAAGAUUCUUAUAGACAGCGGAAAAUUGAUGAAUAUGUUGAGGUUUUGAAAGGUAAAGGAAUUGAUGUUGGUGUUGUUGAAUGUAUGGAGUUUCCGUUGUUGCCCGAUACUUUAAUCGAUAGGAUUCCUGGUAUGGAUCAACAUCUUUCUAGAACUUUGUUUGAAGUCUUUAAGGAAAGGGGCUUGAUUGAUGGAAAUGGAUAUAUGAAGCAAGAUGGACGGAAAAUAAACUGGCGAAAGGUUAUUCAAGAGAGGAUAAAUCUCGCGAUUGAUGAGCGUUUGGUUCCUCAUGUCCAGGAAGAGCUAAACCUUGCAUUUGCUUACCAUGAGAUGACAAGUGUGCAUUCUGACCAGAUUUUUAAAUGGUUUGAAUCUCAUUUGAGCUGAUUAGAUUUUGCAAUGCUCUUUGGUGUUUAGAUUUCUGUCUGAAUGUAAAAAAUUUAUAGCAUAUUGCCAUGUAUUCCAUUGAAAGUUGAAAUCGGUUUUUUAAAAGAGUGAGGACCUAUCUUUUUGUUCAAUCUCAAGGGCUAGAACUCAACUAUGUAAUACUGCCAGAAGUUUUUAUCAAUUGAAAAGGUAUGCCUCUGACCUUUUGUGCCAAAAUUAUUUGUGCUUUAGCAA